CUACUCCGUAAUAAUCAUCUACUCUUUCUUUCUUUUCUUGUGCUUGCCCUUUCUUUCUCUCCACUUCCCUGUGAAGUAACUAAUAAACACAAGCCGCCUUUCUGCGGUCUUAUUGGCCUCUACCUUCCAUCUUCUCUGGAAUUAAACUACUGUAUAUAAACGGAGUACUCAUCGAUCCCUAUAUUAAUUGCUUUUUGGUAGAUAAUCCGGAAAUCAAGCUAGCUAGCAAGCUCCAUCUGCUCUCAAAGGCGGAGUGUAGAGGGAUCAGAUCAGAUCCGGAAAUGGCACAACUGCUCCUCCAUGGAACGCUUCAUGUCUCUGUGUACGAGGUUGACAGGCUCAAGUCGGAUCUCCUCCACAACUUUUUUCACAAGGUAGUGGGAGGACUGGAAAGCGUUGUGGGCUUCAACAAGGCUGGUUCCAGAUUAUAUGCCACCAUUGAUCUUGAAAGAGCAAGGGUUGGUCGAACCAGGCUUCUUGACGAUCACAAAAAUCCCAGAUGGUACGAGUCUUUCCACAUCUACUCUGCCCACAUGGCUUCCAAUGUUGUUUUCUCUGUCAAGGUGGACAACCCCAUUGGAGCCGAGCUGAUCGGCCGUGCCUAUUUCCCCGUCGGAAGGCUCCUUGACGGGGAUGAAGUCGACGAGUGGCUCCCACUCUUGGACACCAAUCGCAACCCCAUAAACGGGCAUUCUAAGAUUCACGUGAAGCUCCAGUUCUUCGAUGUUGGCAGAGAGCUCUUUUGGGGCCGCGGUCUUAGAGCUGGACGGUUUCCGGGGGUACCCUACACGUUCUUUACCCAGCGAAAAGGUUGUAUGGUGACCCUAUACCAGGAUGCUCACGUUCCAGAUGAGUUUGUGCCCAGGAUUCCUCUCGCGGGGGGAAAGUUCUAUGAGCCACACCGCUGUUGGGAGGACAUAUUCGACGCGAUCACCAAUGCCAGGCACUUGAUUUACAUAACCGGGUGGUCCGUGUAUACGGAGAUCACAUUGGUGAGGGAUCCCAGGAGGCCUAAACCCGGGGGUGACAUCACUCUCGGGGAAUUGCUGAAGAGAAAAGCCAGUGAAGGGGUGAGGGUGUUGAUGCUUGUCUGGGAUGACAGGACUUCUGUGGGGUUGUUGAAGAAGGAUGGGCUAAUGGCGACUCACGACGAAGAGACUUGGAAUUACUUCAAGGAGAGUGAAGUCCACUGUGUGCUGUGUCCCAGGAACCCUGAUGAUGGAAGGAGCAUCAUUCAGGACAUUGAGAUUGGGACCAUGUUCACACACCAUCAAAAGAUUGUGGUGGUCGAUGGAGAAAUGCCGGAUGGAAACGCCGAGAGGAGGAGGAUUGUGAGUUUCGUGGGAGGGAUUGACCUCUGCGACGGGCGCUACGAUUCCCCAUUUCACCCCCUCUUUAGGACACUGAACACAGCCCACCGUGAUGAUUUCCACCAGCCCAACUUUGAAGGCGCCUCCAUUAGGAAGGGCGGGCCGAGGGAGCCCUGGCACGAUAUCCAUUCACGUUUGGAAGGGCCCGCGGCUUGGGACGUGCUCUUCAAUUUCGAGCAAAGAUGGAGGAAACAAGGGGGUGAAGGCUUGCUCGUCGAUUUGAGAGGUCUUGAGGGCAUAUUCAUCCCCCCUUCGCCGGUAACCUACCCAGACGAUCAAGAAACGUGGAACGUUCAGGUCUUCAGGUCCAUCGACGGUGGUGCCGCUUUCGGUUUCCCGGAUGCACCGGAGGACGCCGCGAAAUCUGGCCUUGUGAGUGGGAAGGACAACAUCAUUGACAGAAGCAUUCAGGACGCGUACAUCCAUGCCAUUCGCCGCGCGAAACGGUUCAUCUACAUAGAGAACCAGUACUUCUUGGGGAGCUCGUUCUCUUGGUUCUCAGACGACAUCAAGGAUGAAUCCAUCAACGCGUUGCACCUCGUGCCGAAAGAGCUGUCGCUGAAGAUCGCGAGCAAGAUUGAAGCCGGGGAGAGGUUCACGGUCUACAUCGUGGUCCCCAUGUGGCCAGAGGGGUACCCAGAGAGCGCCUCGGUGCAGGCAAUUCUUGACUGGCAGAGGAGGACCAUGCAGAUGAUGUACACGGACAUAGUUCAAGCACUCAAAGCGAAAGGGAUUGUCGCGGACCCAAAGGACUACUUGAGUUUCUUCUGCCUUGGCAAUAGGGAAACCAAGAAAGGCGACGAAUACGUGCCUUCUGAGAAACCUGACAACGACACAGACUACAGCAGAGCUCAGGAAGCCCGGAGAUUCAUGAUAUAUGUUCACGCUAAGAUGAUGAUAGUGGAUGAUGAGUACAUAAUCGUUGGAUCAGCAAACAUAAACCAGCGAUCAAUGGACGGAGCGCGGGACUCAGAAAUAGCAAUGGGAGCGUACCAGCCACACCACCUGUCAGUGACGCAGCCAGCCCGCGGGCAGGUCCACGGGUUCCGGAUGGCAUUGUGGUACGAGCAUCUGGGAGUGCUGAACGACGGGUUUGAGCAUCCGGAGAGCAUUGAAUGCAUUGGGAUGGUGAACCAAAUGGCCCAAAAGAACUGGAACCUGUACUCGGGUGAGGAGGCGUUGGAACACGACCUGCCGGGCCAUCUCCUUAGUUACCCCAUUGGCGUUACUGAAAAUGGAGAGGUCACCGAGCUGCCUGGCUUUGAAUGUUUCCCGGAUACUAAGGCGCGAGUGCUCGGAACCAAAUCCAGCUAUCUCCCCCCAAUUCUCACCGUUUAAACACCCAAGAAUUGUUCUCAGAUUUCCUGCCUGAGGUGGAAAUUAAAAGGGUAUCUGUUAUGGUCUAAUUAUGCUAUGUGUUAGCUGGAGGUUUUUAUACUUCUUGUGUGUUUCUGUGUACGGAGUAUAUAGUUUGAGUGGAUGGUUUGCUCCGAGUAUGAAAUAAGCAUCUCUUAAAGUUACACUUCAGAGCAUUUGAGUGAAUAAUUCUAACUGCAGAUUAUACUUUUCGGGAUGUAUCUCUUGAGAGCAUUUUGGACUGGGUUUUGCUUGCUGUAUCUUUCUUUCUAAAUAUUACGUGUUUUUUUUGGGUGCUUUCUGCUUUUGAUGUUU